GUAAAGCAAGGUAUCGGCUAGAGUUAAGAUUACACGGUUAUCAUCACGCCAUCCUAACACAAAACUAGGCAAUUCAAUCUGGAAGAUCAACAGGAGCUAAAUGAAACAUGUAUUGUGUGUACGUGGGUGAUCAUAGAAACAAAGAAAGAUCCAGAUCGAGAUGAAUUCUCAUCAUCAUCAUCAUCAUAAACAUGGAAGAAAUAACGGCGGCGGCGGCAAAACAUGGAGGAGCCCCACGACGGUGGCAACCGCAUCAGUGAUGGGUGUCUGCAUUAUUGCUGGUUAUCUCAUCGGACCGCCUCUCUAUUGGCUUCUCUCCGACGCCGCCGCCACUUCUUGCCCUCUUUGUCUAUGUGAUUGCACUCUUAAACCUCUCCUUUCCCACCAAAAUGGUCAUGCAGGUUUACUGAAUGCCACUUCUUUCAUAGAUUGCAUGGAGCAUGAUCAGACGGAGGUGAGGGAGGGAGCAGAGAGGAAUUUCACAAGACAAUUGGUUGAGGAACUUCACAAACGGGAAGGCGAAGUGCAUGAAAUACAACAGAAGGCAGAGCAGGCACUUCUAGAAGCGAAGAAGUUGACUUCCCAGUACCAAAAAGAGGCAGAAAAGUGCACUUCAGGGAUGGAAACGUGCGAGGAAGCGCGCGAAAAAGCUGAAGCGGUGUUAGAGGCACAAAGAGAGGUUAGUUCAAUGUGGGAGCUCCGGGCUCGGCAAAAAGGAUGGAAAGAAAGCCACUUGGCUGCUAACAUUCAAAAUUUCAAAGCUGCUCUUGAAGGAGAACAUUCAGUAACUAUGGCUGUCACUGACUUAUAGAUCCCCUGUUUUUCUAGUAGAUUUGCAUUUUUUGUCAUUUGAGACAUGAAACGGUUUGGCAAAAUUAUUUGUGUUCGUUUUUUGGCCAUAAAGAACACAGUUCAGAAUGGGGCUUUGGUCGUUCCGAGGCCUGGUGCUAACGUGAUAAUAUUACCCAUUUCUUUUAAAUUCUAAAUUGCCUGACUUGUUUCUAUUUAUUGUUCAUAAGUUAUAACA